AGGUCAAUCCGUGCGGGUGCUUUUAUUGGAUGUGCCGCUGUCAAGCAGCGCUGAAGAAUUGGAAGGGCAAACGCCAGAAAAGGCAGAGAAAAGACAAACAUCAAAUUAGCAUUAUGUAGCUCGGUUUUGCCUUAUCCCUCCGCUCGCGUCAGCCUGAAAUAAUCCUUCCGUCCCUCGAUUUCAGAUCUGAAACUUGUGGACACGGAGCGUUUUUUCUCCUCUUUCUAUUUUUUAAGAUCUUUUUUUUCCGUCUCCGUGUGUCUCUGAAGCGAUUGCAUUCUCCAGAGGUGGUACCUCCGCACGUUGCAGUUCAAUUGCCUCUACAUCUUUUUUUUUUUUAGAUUAAUGUUUGUAUAAAAUUUCCAGAAUGAGGGAGAAAUCGCGGAUCCUGGUAGGACUGUAGCCCAGCUGCUCCCGGGUUUGGACCUCUUAUAUCAGGCGGAUCAUCCUCAGCCUGGCAGCGGAUGCCUGAAUGGAGACUGCGAGUCAUCUAAGAUUUCUCCGCUUCCUAAAUUAGUGGAUUUGGGCUGAUAAAUGGAGCGUCCGGUUGGGCUACAUGGCCUUGUGUUUCACGGAGGCUGUUUGACAUGGGAGCGACUGACCGGAAUAACACUCCGCAGUGUGAAUAUUUCAGCCUGUUGAUGAUGAACCGCUCAGGACUGGAGUAAAGUAUGCUAAGAACCGCUUUCCUGGCCCGUGUCUUCAGCUGAAGUGGCUCCAGCAGAUUGUUGAAGGAGGGAAAACACACAAGUCAUUAUUAUUAUUAUUAUUAUCUUUUUUAUUGUUAUUAUUAUUAUCUCUGGUGGCUGCGGGAUGCAAGAGAAUCUCAUCGGACGCAGAAAAUGGAUAAAACUCAUGCGUAAGGCUGGCUUUGGGGGACUGCGUGGUUUGCUUUAGGCCUUGAUUAGCGGUGAAGUUGAGGAAAAAUGGUGAUGUGGUACGAGUUGAAAGCGAGAAGAGGAGCCGGAGUGAUGGAUAAAAGCGUCUGUUGGGAUCGGAGCAGCUGAAGGAUAACGGAACCCAGAUUUUCCAGGACAAGACAGCUGCUUUGAUUGAGGAGCUCCAAUUAAGUUCAUGUGAAAAAAAAGAGGGAGGAAAUCAGUUUCCUGGUUGAGGGGUGGGGGUUAGAUAGAUAAUUAUUCAUGCCUUAUGUCAGAGCAAGUGGAGAACCGGCUUUGCUGUGGCCUAGAUGAUACAUCCAUAUAUGCAUUUCUAGAUCAAUAAUUGAGGCAAAGGAAGAGUGGACCUUCAGAAUACACACAGAGGGCCUCAAAGUAACGCACUUGCGCAAAAAGGAAGGAAAAAAACCAGACUGAAGUGGGUUGAAGCAUGGGCUGUGCUUCAAGUAUUCAUAUCUCUGAUAGGGUGGUCUACCACAGUGGAAAAGAGUCUGAGGAUUCCCACUCACCCCAGCAGACUAACGCCACUCAGCAUCAAGGAAAUCCUGCCUCUGGACUACCCCUAAAACCCCACAGCUGCAAGACCACGUUAACCGAGGUGCAAUUUGGACCAAUGAAGUUAUUUAAAGACCCCCUUCAGGUACUUUUAGUUUUUGCCAAAGAAGACAGUCAAAGUAAUGGCUUCUGCUGGGCAUGUGAGAAGGCCAACUACAGAUGCAGCUUGGCACACACACCUGAGUCCGCUCUGGAAUGCUUCUCGGAGAAGCAUCACGACCUUGUCAUUGUUGACCACAGACAUUCCAGACACUUUGACGCUGAAGCACUGUGCCGGUCAAUUAGAGCGGUCAACUCCUCAGAAAACACUGUGAUAGUCGCUGUUGUGAAAAGGCCAGACAGAGAGGAAGCCUCUGUGAUGCCACUGAUCAAUGCUGGCUUUAAUAGGAGAUAUGUGGAAAAUGCCAAUAUGAUGGCCUGCUACAAUGAGCUGCUACAGUUGGAGCAUGGAGAGGUUCGGGCACAGUUCAAACUGAGGGCUUGCAAUGCCAUUUUCACAGCUCUGGAACAAAGCCAAGACGCCAUAGAGAUCACUUCUGAAGAUCAAGUUAUUCAGUACGUGAAUCCUGCCUACGAGGCCAUUAUGGGCUACCAACAAGGCGAGCUAUUAGGGAAGGAAAUAAUAGAAGUGCCUAAAAGUGAGAAGAAUAAGCCUGAUCUUCUUGAAACCAUAAACACCUGUAUACGGAAAGGAAAGGAGUGGCAGGGGAUUUAUUAUGCCAAAAAGAAGAAUGGAGACAACAUUCAGCAAAAUGUGAAAAUCACUCCUGUAAUUGGACAGGGAGGAAAAAUCAGACACUAUGUGUCUAUCAACAGGCCUUUAAAUGAUAAUAAUAAGAGCGAAAAAUCCAGUGAACGUGUGCAAGCGGAGUCUCAAACAGAUAUACAAUCCAGUAAGCACAAAGACAGAAGGAAAGGCUCUCUGGAUGUAAGAUCCACAACAUCUCGGGGGAGUGAUGGGAGUUCACAGAGAAGACACUCCUCGAUGGCCCGGAUUCACUCCAUGACUAUUGAGGCUCCCAUCACCAAGGUAAUAAACAUCAUCAACGCAGCACAGGAAAGCAGUCCCAUGCCAGUGGCAGAGGCCUUGGAUCGGGUGCUGGAGAUCCUGAGGACCACAGAACUCUACUCCCCACAGCUGGGCACCAAGGAUGAAGAUCCUCACACAAACGACCUCGUGGGGGGGCUGAUGACGGAUGGUUUACGCAGAUUGUCAGGAAAUGAAUACAUCCUUUCCACAAAGCAGCCCCAUCAUCUCCCCAGUCACCUGGCAACCCCUCUGUCAUUAAACGACAUCCCUCCUCGUAUCGCUCAGACCAUGGAGACCGAGGGCUCAUGGGACUUUGACAUCUUCAACUUGGAGGCUGCUACCAUGAAACGGCCUUUGACCUACUUGGGUCUGAAGAUCUUCUCCAAAUUUGGGGUUUGCGAGUUCCUAAACUGCCCUGAAGCUACCUUGCGCUCCUGGCUCCAAGUGAUUGAAGCCAACUACCACUCCAGUAACUCCUAUCACAACUCCACCCAUGCAGCUGAUGUCUUGCAUGCAACUGCAUAUUUCCUCUGCAAGGAGAGAGUCAAGCAAAGUUUGGAUCCCAUUGAUGAGGUGGCUGCCCUGAUUGCUGCCACGGUGCAUGACGUGGACCACCCAGGACGCACUAACAGCUUCCUGUGCAAUGCAGGAAGUGAGCUUGCCAUCCUUUACAACGACACAGCAGUUCUAGAGAGCCACCAUGCUGCACUGGCCUUUCAGCUCACCACAAGGGAUGAUAAGUGUAACAUCUUUAAAUAUAUAGAAAGGAAUGAGUAUCGAACAUUACGACAGGCCGUCAUAGACAUGGUGCUCGCAACUGAAAUGACCAAACACUUUGAACAUGUCAACAAAUUUGUGAACAGCAUCAACAAACCCUUGGCUGCACUGGAGGAGAAUGGGGGAAACAAUGAUGAGGAAUCGGUCAAGAGCAUACUGACUUCUCCUGAGAAUCGCAUCCUUGUUAAGCGGAUGCUGAUUAAAUGCGCAGACAUCUCCAAUCCAUGCAGGCCUUUGGAGCUGUGCAUAGAAUGGGCUGGACGCAUCUCAGAGGAGUAUUUUGCACAAACAGAUGAAGAGAAGAGACAAGGUCUACCAGUGGUUAUGCCUGUGUUUGACAGGCACACGUGUAGCAUCCCAAAGUCCCAGAUUUCCUUUAUAGACUACUUCAUUACAGACAUGUUUGAUGCAUGGGAUGCCUUUGCAGACCUCCCCAAUCUAAUGCAGCACUUGGACAACAACUUCAAAUACUGGAAAGGCCUGGAUGAGCGGAAGCUGCACAGCCUGAGACCCCCUCCUGAGUAGAUCUGGUUCAGCCCUGGAAUACCACAUACCGGGGAAGGCCAUCUUCUUUCCUGCUGGGGUGUCGCUCUCCCUACCAGCCCAGCCAGCCGCAAGGCCUCCUCGCCUUCACUCUCCUGCUUCUGUAGCACGCCGAGCGUCCACAUGUCCGUCCAUACUGAAACCGCAGAGGGACUUCCGGACGCCGCAGUAACGAUGCUGGCUUUACAAGCCUGUCAGACGAGGACUGUGACAAGAAGACACAGAUAAACAAGCAUCCUCAUGAACUUCUCGUGCCUCUCAGGCAUUUUUUUGUGGUGUAGCUGGUCAAGUGAUGUGACUGAGAGAGGGUCCGCUCAGGUCCCUCAGCAAAGCAUCCAUCCUCUGAUUACCAUGUAGGCAUGCCUGCCUGCCUGUAAGGUUGCUGUUAGGAGUAAAAACUGCUUGUUUACAGAAAGAGAGGGCAGAAGUGGGGUCUGCAAAUGACGGAGCCUAGUCCCCAUCAGACCAUGUAAUCACUUUUGACCUCCGCUCCUGUGCUCACAGCGAGACAGGACUGCUCUGUGAAACAUUUGGAGGCUGCACCAUAAAAGUACACUCCACUGCUUAUCUUUUGUUUUGUUUGUUGGUUUUCAGGCAAUAUUUUCACGUGUCCUUCAGAAACACUAAGUUGACACACACAGCUGUUGUAACAGACACGUAUGUGGGCGUGCUUCCUUUUGGGUCAGGGAGUGGACCUUUAGUCUAGGCCACUUCUAAGAGACAACACUUCAACAUCUUGAUCAUAGGGAUCUCAUUACAAGUGAUUUGGUAAGGCAAGUUUUCUUAAAAGGUUUCAUAUUUUCUAUAUUAAAAUCUAUAAAUAAAUUUGUUGAUCAAUAAGAAUGAAAUGCAUUUAACAAGACCGAGAAAAGCCAAAGUUAAUGAAGAUGAGUACUACUACAACUCUAAAAAUGACAACGAUUAUUCAUAAGAUGCAUUACUUUAUUAAACAUGUUUAUUUUCAUAUCAAGAGUACAGUACCAGUUUGAAUGAUCCCUUUUGUAUUGCACUGUAAACAAUAUGAGAAAUGUCUACGUCUCAGUGAUUUGUCUAGGAAUGGGAUGUUGCAUUGAAGAGUAAGCUGUUGAAUUGUUGAAUAUUGUGAGUGAGUGAGUGAGUGAGUGAGUGAGUGAGUGAGUUUUGGUUGUUAGUGUGAGUGCAUGGGCGUAUUCAUUGUUGCAACAAUCCCUUACUCUUGGUUUCAUGCUGUAAACCGCUUGACAUUUGACAACAGCAGAAAUAUGUGACAAGAUUUUGGACUUGAAACAUUUUUCCUCCCAGAAAUUUUUGUACCUGGUUUAUCCUACUGAAAAAGAUUGCCUUAUUUUGUACGCUAUUUAUACAGUACACCCCACUGUGCAACUGCAGCAGACAUCUGGAGUUUUUCUUAUAACACAGUCGGAAGGUUAUCUUCAAGUAAAUCUCAAUAUUUUUAUAGACGAUGAAUUUUACACUGGAUUUGCAGCAGAUAAGAUCAACCAUUACAGCUAUCUGAAUACCUGUGAUUGAGAGAGCCUCACAGAGCAUGUAUACAGAGCACUAAAUGGUAAAGCAGGAUUUGGAUUGCAAAGUUGUCUAUCACUGUCUAAGCAGUCUCCUAGAGGCCAGCUUGCAUUGAUUUUUUUUCUUGAUCAAAUGCCGUUUUAUUUUGGCCAAUCGUCCAACAUUCUUAUGCACAGACCUGGGUAACAUAUUUUUUCCUUAAGGGUGGAUUCAGAUUAGGAUACUAAUAAUGUGUUAAAAGAUUGUUGCUUAUUAGGAAUAUUUCCUCAUUAAACAGUAUAUAAAUGCCAUAACAGCUAAGCAAGUGGUGGUUAAUAAGAUGCAUUAACUGCAGUUUAUUUUGUUUCUCUCUUAUGGCAAAAUUGUACACUCAAUCAGGGGAUUUGUUUGUUCCUUCUGAUUUAAGUUUUGGUCUGAAGGCACGGAAAAAAUGAGCAAUUAUUCAAUGAAAAUAAAAUAAUGUCAACCAUA